AUGACAAAUCCAUCAACCCGCGGAAUUCGCAUUGCAAUCGACCGCGGUGGUACCUUUUGUGACUUUUGGGCCACGAUUCCCGGUCGACAAGACGAUGUUAUUUUCAAGUUACUUUCGAACGCGCCCAACGAAUAUGAAGAUGCCCCGAUCGAAGGAAUCAGGAAGAUACUGGAAAUUGCCAGUGGCACUGACAUUCCCCGCGGAACCCCGCUAGAUAUCAGCGGGGUAGAGUCGAUCCGGAUGGGAACGACGGUAGCUACUAAUGCCCUUCUGGAGCGCAAAGGAGAACGUGUUGCUUUGUUAAUCACCAAAGGGUUCAAGGACCUGUUGAUAAUCGGAAACCAAGCACGUCCAAGUAUCUUCGACUUGUCCGUCGCGAGAUUAGGACGGCUGUACGAGAAGGUGGUCGAGGUGGACGAGCGCGUCACAAUUGAAGGAUUUGCCGAAGAUCCUGAGCCCGCUCCUAUCGAUAUCGCAUCGAACCCGGACCUGGCAGAAGGCCUCACAGGUGAAGCAAUUCGCAUCAUUAAGAAGCCCGACGUCAAUGCUGUGAGAAGAAGUCUACAGACUCUCUGGGAUGAGGGCUAUCGCACAAUCACACUUGCAUUAAUGCAUUCCUUCGCAUACCCUGCUCAUGAAGCCACCAUUGCUGCCAUCGCCCGCGAGAUGGAUUUCAAGGUAUCCGUCUCGUCAGAACUGCAGCCCAUGAUCAGGCUAGUCCCCCGAGCGCAGUCAGCGACCGCAGAUGCUUACCUCUCCCCCGUUGUGACAGAGUACCUCAAUGGGUUCCGUCGCGGAUUUAAAGGUAGCCUGGAGGAUGAAAAUGCAAAGAAGCUGCUUCUUUCCCAGUCGGACGGAGGCCUGACUUCAUUCGACCGAUUUACCGGUCUGCGGGCCAUUCUGUCUGGGCCAGCAGCGGGUGCCGUAGGGUGCGCGAAGACUUGCUAUGAUCCUAACGAAGGGACCCCCGUUCUGGGUUUUGAUAUGGGAGGCACUAGCACGGAUGUGUCGCGAUACAACGGAACUCUCGACCAUGUACUAGAGACGACCAUUGCUCAGGUCGCGAUUCAGAGUCCCCAGCUCGACGUUCACACUGUUGCCGCUGGUGGUGGGUCAAUCCUUUUCUGGCGAAACGGCCUGUUUGCUGCUGGACCCGAGUCUGCAGGCGCAUAUCCAGGCCCUGCAUGUUAUGGAAACGGAGGCCCGUUAACCAUCACCGAUGCCAACUUCUUCCUCGGUCGCAUUCUACCUGACUACUUUGCUAGACCCUUGGAUUCUGCUGUCGUCCAGAAGAAAUUUCUCGAGAUGACGGAGACCGUGAAUGCGGAGAGGUCGUCUGACAAGCUAACCCCUGAGCAAGUUGCGAUGGGCUUUCUGAUGGUGGCCAAUGCUGCCAUGGCCAGGCCUAUCCGAGCCCUGAGUGAAGGCCGGGGAUUUGAGACAGCUGCCCACCACCUAGUCUGUUUCGGCGGUGCGGGUGGACAACAUGCUACGGCUAUUGCGCGGGAUCUGGGCAUUAGGCAGAUUAUCAUCCAUCGUCUAUCUAGUAUCCUUUCAGCCUAUGGUAUGGCCCUGGCGGAUGUUGUUGUUGAAUCGCAAGAGCCUGAAGCGGCAGUUUACAGCGCAGAGUCAUAUCCCCGCCUUGAAAAGCGUUUCAUGCAGCUGGAACACCGAGCAAGCGAGCAACUGGCUUCUGAGGGAUUCGCACAGAACCAGAUCAAGCAUGAACGGUUCCUUAACAUGCGCUACAAGGGUAGUGAUACAGCAUUAAUGAUUCCAUCCCCUGAGACACCCUCAAAAAGCUUUGCGGACGCUUUUGUAUCCCAGCAUCAGACUCUUUUCGGAUUCAAGCAAGCCCGAGACGUUCUCGUCGAUGAUGUCCGAGUCCGUUCAGUGGGAAAGAGCAUGGAAGUAAAUGUCACAAGUCCCUUCGAGGAAAUGAAGACAGUUAAACCAAGGCGCAAUGCCGAUCUCAAGCCUACCCUUACACGGAAGGUUUACUUUGACAAUUUUGGAUGGGUGCAAUCGGGAAUUUAUCAUCUAAAGGACGUGCCAAAGGGAAGUAUUAUUCCGGGGCCGGCUAUGAUUAUCGACGAGACGCAGACCAUUGUUGUGGACCCUGCGAGUGAGGUUACUAUACUUCGGGAACAUGCUGUUAUUGAAUUGAUAGACUCAGAAACUAAGGAGGUAGAUACAACGGAAGUCGAUCCAGUUCAACUCUCUGUCUUUGGACAUCGGUUUAUGAGUGUAGCCGAACAGAUGGGAGAAACCAUGCGCAAAACAUCCAUAUCAACCAACAUCAAAGAACGUCUCGAUUAUAGCUGCGCGAUCUUCUCGAGCGAAGGCCUCCUGGUGGCCAACGCACCACAUAUUCCCGCUCACCUGGGGUCAAUGAGCUUUGCCAUUGCUUACCAAGCUAAGCUAUACGGUAAAGGCGAGUUAAAACCAGGCGAUGUCAUCCUUUCCAACCAUCCUAUCUCCGGAGGAACCCAUCUUCCGGAUCUUACAGUAACGACACCAGUAUUUGCUGAAGAGGACCCUACAAAAAUUCUCUUUUUUGUGGCAAAUCGUGGUCACCACGCCGACAUCGGCGGCAUCGCAGCUGGAUCUAUGCCUCCCAACUCGACCGAGCUCUGGCAGGAGGGUGCAGCAGUCGAGUCAUUCAAAAUCGUCAAAGAAGGCGUCUUCGACGAAGAAGGUCUUAUCUAUCAUCUCUACGACGCACCUGGUAGUUACCCCGGCUGCAGCGGGACGCGGACCCUAAAAGACAAUAUUGCGGAUCUAAAGGCCGGAAUUGCGGCCAACAACCGUGGCAUCCAGCUCAUCCAAGGCUUAAUCCGUGAGUACAGUUGGCCAGUGGUGCAAUUGUACAUGGAUGCCAUCCAGAAGAACGCAGAGGAAACCGUGCGCAGCCUGCUCAAGGAUUUCAGCCGUCGCUUCCACGGACUACCCUUGGAGGCAGUGGAUUACAUGGAUGACGGCAGCCCCCUGGCACUGAAAAUCACCAUCAACCCGGAGGAUGGGUCCGCAAAGUUUGACUUCACUGGUACUGGACCGCAGGCCCUGAAUAACCUGAAUGCGCCCCCAGCGAUCAUGUACAGCGGUAUUAUAUAUUGCUUGCGGUCGAUGAUCUCCGCCGCUAUCCCGCUGAACCAAGGCUGUCUUAACCCGAUUGAACUGAUCGUCCCACCCAACUCCAUCCUCUCACCGGACAAGAACGCCGCGACGGUAGGUUCUAACGUCGAGACAUCCCAGCGCGUGGUCGACGUUAUCCUCAAGGCAUUCCGCGUGUCGGGAGCCAGCCAGGGAACAUGCAAUAACCUUACUUUUGGAUACGGAGGAACCGAUGCCCACGGGGUAGUAACCAAGGGAUUCGGCUACUACGAGACCAUCGCGGGAGGGGCAGGAGCAGGGGCCCACUGGGACGGUCAAGACGGUGUGCAUACACACAUCACCAAUACCCGGAUGACAGAUCCCGAGACGCUGGAGAAGCGGUAUCCGGUCCUUCUGCGAGAGUUUUCGAUCCGUCGUGGCAGUGGGGGUGCAGGACGGCACCGAGGUGGUGACGGGUGUAUUCGAGAUAUUGAGCUGCGAAGGCCGAUGCAGGUGAGUAUUCUGUCCGAGAGGAGGGUUAUUCCGCCGUAUGGGAUGGCUGGGGGAGAGGAUGGGAAGAGGGGGGUGAAUUUGUGGGUGCGCAAUGAUCCGGUGACAGGCACGCAGCAGACGAUCAGUAUUGGCAGCAAGGUCAGUGCGGCUAUGAAUACGGGGGAUAGAAUUAUUAUUCAGACUCCUGGUGGUGGAGGAUAUGGAACUCCGUUGAAUGCGGUUCGGCCGAUUGAGGCGUUGGAGGAAUUUAGGUUGGAUACGAGGAUAUAUUAG